GGACCUUGACUCUUGUGGUCAUGUUUUCUGCAAAGGUUUUUUGUCUUGUUCUAGUUUAAUAUCAUUCAAUAAAAUAAUUUACACAACACAGAAAAACCACUAGUAUUUGCUUCGAGAUGAGCAAAAUCCACUUGUGGGUUCUGUUCUGACAUCCAUCCUAUCAUCAAUAAUCAAUUCAUCUUAGUUCAAUAGGAGUUGGUUAACAUGGCAUCUCAAUCAGAUUCUCCACUUAAAUCAGUAAAUGAGAAUACCCAGAAUCAAGCUUCACAACCAGCAGCGGAAGAUCCCCAAGAUGCUACUAAAGGGAGCUCUCCGACUUCUGUGUUUGUAAACUCAGAACCAAUUCGGGACGACCAAGUCCAGAAUGCUGUGAAAUUUCUUUCACAUCCGAAAGUUAGGGGAUCUCCAGUCCAGUAUAGGCGUUCUUUUCUUGAGAGGAAGGGGCUCACGAAGGAGGAGAUAGACGAAGCCUUUCGUCGAGUUCCUGAUCCUACCCCAACUGUUACUAGCACACAGCCAGUUGCUGCUAAUGAAGACGGGAAGCAGCAGCCUUCAUCAGCUAGUCCACCACAGGCUGCAAUACAAAAUCUGCAGCCUGCAUCAGCAACAAGCAAUAGCAUGACAAAAAGGGGAUAUCUCUCUCAUUUCCAUUGGACUCAUGCAGUUGUUGCUGUAGGUUUUCUCGCUGCUUCAGGAGCUGGAACAGCUGUACUUUUCAAGAAAUCUAUUAUUCCCCGGUUGAAGUCUUGGAUACGCAAGGUUGUAAUGGAUGAAGAAGAUGAAAAAGGUGUUGUGAAGGGAAAACCAAGUUUAGCAGAAGAAGCUGCUGUUGCUGCAAAAGCUGCUGCAGCAGCUGCUGCUGACGUUGCCCGGGCAAGCCAGGAGAUGUUGGCAUCAAAAUCUGAAGAGAAAAGGUAUUUUGAGGAGCUGACAAGCCUGCUAAACUACCAAGUACGUGAGAUGAAAUCAAUGACAAGUGCUAUAGAGAAACUGGAAGGGCAAAGUAAUACUUAUGGAAGAAUACCUGUUACAGAACUAGAUGAUCGCAGAAUUUCAGUUACUCAAUCUAGGCAAUCUUAUGCAAAUGGAAAAGUGGAGGGUGAUGCACGUUCAGUGAGAUCUUUGUCGCCACCUGCAUCUGUGGAACCAUCUGUUGCACCCCAUCCCAAGUCUUAUAUGGAGAUUAUGGCUAUGGUUCAAAGAGGAGAGAAGCCUUCCAACAUCCGAGAUAUAAAUGAUCAGCCACCAAAUCCUAACCAGCCUGUACCUGAUCGUGUUGCUGGAAGGCCUAAGCCUUGGGAAGUUGGCCAGAGCCAAAACAAUUUGCUUCAAUCCCAAGGUUACCAAGAAAAUCUGACAAACGGAGACAGUUCAGCUCCUUGGUGGCAACGUAAGAAUGCCAGGAUAACUGAAAUCCAAUCUGAAGGUGAACAAAACUUUGGAUCUCCAGCUGCACCAGUUCAGGAACGACCAAUUCAGAGAUCCUGGGUCCCACCCCAGCCUCCUCCAGUUGCAAUGGCAGAAGCAGCUGCAGCCAUCCGUCAACCUAAAAAGCCUGCGUUUCAAAACGAACAAUUGACGGAUGAUCAGUUGAUAGCUCGUUCAUCAGAAAUAACGGAUGAGCUGCAGAGGGUUACAAGAAUCUCCGAAUCUGGUGGUGCCCCUGAAGCUAAUGGCUCGAGUUCUGUGCUACAGAUGAGUGAGACGAUGCCAAUUGGAGAAGGUGAUCAAACUUUCGGCAGCUGAAAGAGCCUUUAUUUUACUUGAUAUAAAAGGCUGGGUAUUCAGUAUGGAGGUUCCCCAAGAUCUUGCAGCUACAUAUUCUUGAUGAAUCGAGCCUCUGGUUCGUGUUUACCCCUAAAUGAAAUCUACAGUUACAUUUGUCAACUUUCAGGUAUAUGUAAAAAAGAUCAAUAUCUAAAUGUAGCAAAGCCAUUAUGUUUCUUCCUGGUGGUCUAUUGAUACACUCUAAAAUGGCUACCCAACUUAAGAAUCGUUUUAUAUAAUUCCACAGUUUGAAUAAAGUUUAGAUAAUGAGAUAA